AUGGCGCCCAAGAAAGCAGCCAAGGCAGCCAAACCCACCAAACGAACUCGCGCAAAAAAGGACCCUGACGCUCCUAAGCGCGGCACUCCGGCUUAUAUUUUCUUUAUGAAGGACAAGAGAGAGGAAAUCUGCAAAAAAAACCCCAACGUGAAGUCCGCCACGCAGAUCGCAGCACUUGUUGGCGAGGAGUGGAAAAAGCUGUCGCCCUCCCAGAAGGCCCCCUACGAGAAAAAGGCAGAAGCAGACAAGCAGCGAUAUCAGAAGGAGGUGGCGGCUUAUAAGAAGAACAAGGCGGGGCAGUAG